GUCACCCCAAAUUUGCUUCAUCCUCAUCAGGUUUCCGCAGUUCCGGAGGAUCAAAAAAUACAAGCAUUCCAGUUUUAAUUAAUACCCAUUUGUUCAUUUUCUUCAAUGGCCAAAAGCAUUGCGUUUCCGAUGUUGGGGCUUCUUUGUCUAUUGCUGUUGCUGCAGAAGAGUGGUGCAACUGAAUUUACAAUAGGUUGGACUGUUCCUGAUGCAUCAACUCACUUUGAUCAAUGGGCAGCGAACAACAGAUUUCAAAUUGGUGACUCCAUAGUGUUCAACUAUUCUCCUGGCCAAGACUCAGUGCUUCGAGUCAGCCAGGACGACUACACAAAUUGCAACACCGAUGCAACAGCUGAGAAAUUCAGCGAUGGCCACUCUACCUUCAAGUUUAACCAAUCUGGGCCAUUCUACUUCAUCAGUGGGAACAAAGAUAACUGUGUCAAAAAUGAGAAGCUGGUUGUGAUUGUCCUGGCAGAUAGAAACCAAAACAGCACUGGAACCCCUCCAUCUCCUGCACCUUCUGGCGAAGCGUCUCCACCUCCUUCACCAGGGACUGUCCAGAGUAACCCGACUCCAGCUCCCGAAAGUGAUCAAAUCCCUCCUCCACCUCCUAGCAGUGCUUCUUCAAUCUUCAUCAGUUUUGUUGGAUCCAUUGGAGCAGUUGCUGCAUAUUCAUCAGUUUUAUUGUUCUAACUCACCUCAUUGCUUGUUUGAGCCCUUUGGACAGUUCCCUUUUUCUCUGUUUUUGUUAUUUUAAUUUCCUUGAGCUCAGUUUAUAUUUAACUGGCUUUGGAUUGGUGUUUCAUAUGUAUUCGUUUGUUGCUGAGAAACAAGAAGACUGUAAAAUAUGCUUUCGUAUGCUUGUGAGAACCCAGCAUAGAGAACAAUAAUGUAACUACACAAGGAAAUAAAUUGGUUUGUAAAGUGUGGAUGCAAGAUUCUAUUACUUUUGUAUGCAUGUUUCUGAUGUGAACUAGUAUGGCGCCUGCAAAUCCUGCUUCAUAACUCAAGAUAAAAUUUCA